AUGUGGCCCCGAAUUACCUAUAAUCGCCUGUGUAAUAAGCCCCCGUCUCCAGAUGCUGUGGCUACUGUUUCUGACUCUCCCCUUCCGGGGGGCUCUGUGCCCGUGACCCCUGCCCCAAGCCCAGGACGAGAGUCGGUGGGAAGUGGGGGCUGCGAUGUCUCAGGCUGGAGGUAUCCGUGGCAGGUCAGCCUGAGGUUCUACAACAUGGGGCUUGGCCUGUGGCAGCACGAGUGCGGGGGCUCCAUCAUCCACCCCCAGUGGGUGCUGACUGCUGCCCACUGCGUUGAGCCGGAGGACUUGGAGGCUUGUGCCUUCAGGGUCCAAGUCGGGCAGCUGAGACUCUAUGACCACGACAGCUGCACAAGGUGGCCGAGAUCAUCCGCACACCCCAAGUUCAACGCGAGCCUGUCCGCCUGGGGGGGCGCGGACAUCGCCCUGCUGAGACUGGAGGCGCCCGUGAUGCUCUCUGAGCGUGUCAACCUGGUCUCCCUCCGCCCUGCCUCCAUACGGGUCCUCAGGAAGAUGUGCUGGGUGACCGGCUGGGGCGAGCCCGGUUCUGACGCGGCGCCUCCCCGCAGCGCCUCUGCCCCCCCCCCCCACCGCCUGCAGGAGGUGGAGAUCCCCGUGGUGGGGAACAAGGAGUGUAACCGCCACUAUCAGAACUCUUCGGACAGCAGCGAUCAGGUCAUCAAGGCCGACAUGCUAUGUGCGGGGAGUGAGGGCCGGGACGCCUGCCAGGUGAGCUGGGACUCCGGGGGCCCCCUGGUGUGCCGCUGGAACUGCACCUGGUUCCAGGUGGGGAUCGUGAGCUGGGGCCACAUGUGCGGUCAUCGCGACUUCCCCGGGGUGUACACGCGAGUGACGAGCUACGUGCCCUGGAUCUGCCGGCACGUCCCUCUGUCCCCCGCACCCUAGAAGGGACAGACCCCGAAGGUCCCUUGUCUCGGCACCACGUUUCCCUGCGGGGUUGGGGGGAGCAGGGGAGCGGCUCCUCGAGGGGGAGUCCAGCGUUGGGAGAAAAAGCACAGGAAUCACAGGGGACCGCUUGCGAUUGGAGUCUCAUUUAAACGCUCUG